AUGCUUACACCCCAAAGUUUGGAAAACUGGAUCCGCUACAUAGAAAGCGUGGAGCCCAGAUUUCGUGGCUGUUACUCAGACACACUUGAGUUCAGCCAGAAGGAACUGGGAAAGAUAAUAUUUGUGGAUUCAGGUUUUAUUCUUGAACUCUUUUGGAGAUACCAUAGUAGCACAUGGUCAAGUGACGACACGUGUCUUUCAUCACCUUGGUUGAGCAAUACUAUACGAUAUGAUUUGUUGUUACUUGAGAACCAGCUUCCUUUUUUUGUUCUUCAGGAGCUCUUCUCUCUGUCCUUCCCCUCUACGUCUAACUGUGGUGGUAAAAAUAACCCUUCACUCAUCGAGCUUGCAUUUGACUAUUUUGCCUACUACAAUAAAUCCAGCUUGUCUUUUGAUGACAUUACGAUAAGGCACUUCACGGAUCUGAUACAAAUUUUUCACUUAGAACAUGCUAUGGAAAGACAACCUUCAAGGACCUGUAAAUUGCCGACACAUCUUCCUAGUGCUACUGAGUUGUCAGAAGCAGGAAUAAGCUUUAGAUUCAGCAAAGAUGUGGAUAACCUUGUUGGAAAGAGAAUACUGGUGAACUAUUUAGGGCACGGCGAUUCUGUGGCUAACUCGUUUAAUGGUCUUUGGAAAAAUAUCACGCAGAUAAAUUUCAGUUCCCAUUACUUUUAUAUCUGCGAAAAGUUGAAUGAUUUCUAUAGAAAUCCUUGCCGUAAGUUGAAGUCCACUCUGAGACGUGAUUAUUGCAACAGUCCUUGGCAAACUGCUGCAAUUGUUCUCCUUAUUCUCUCUUUUGUUCAAACACUUCCUUGCGUCUGGCAAAUGAGGCAUCAAUAG